AUGCAGCCCUUUUUGCUGCUGCCCAUCUUCGCGGCCGUCGCCGGUGCUCGUGGAUUUUUCGGAAUUCCCGGGCAAUACUGCGCCACCAGAACGCCAACGUGCUGCCAAAAUAGAAAUGACGACUGCACAGUGCCGAUCUUGGGCGACCAUCUGUGCUAUUGCGAUGUGUUCUGCGAUCGUGGCCCCAACGGCGGAAAUGACUGUUGCCCCGAUUUUGAAGCGGUAUGCCGGGCCGACGAUCGGCCCGCGCAGAACGAUAUUAAUGGAAAGGAAUGCCAAUACAACGGCCGGUGGUACGAUUCUGGGGAUGAGGUGACGAAGAACUGCGAGACUUGUCGUUGCGUCGACUCAACCUGGUCGUGCCAACGGGCCGCCUGUCUGAUCCAGGAAGAGGUGUACGAGCAGGUGAAAGAUGGACGAUAUUCAUGGAAGCCCACGAACUACUCGCAUUUCUGGGGGAAAACGCUGGAACACGGGAUCAAGUUCCGUCUGGGUACUUUAUUCCCUGAGCAAUCGGUGAUCAACAUGAAUGAGAUUGUCAUCAAGCCCCGCGAGCUGCCCGAGGAGUUCGACGCGCGCCGGAAAUGGCCUCAUUUGAUUCACGGGGUAAAGGACCAGGGCGAUUGCGGCAGCUCUUGGGCGGUGAGCACGACGACCAUCGCCGCCGACAGGUUGGCGAUCAUCAGUGGAGGGCGCAUCAACAAAAGCGUCUCUGCUCAGCAGCUCGUGUCGUGUAAUCAGCAUCGGCAAAAGGGCUGUGAGGGCGGCUAUUUGGACAGGGCGUGGUGGUACAUCAGAAAAUUGGGUGUCGUCUCGGAUGACUGUUACCCGUAUGCUUCCGGAUUCACCGGUGAGCCGGAGACGUGCCAUAUUCCGAAGUCGGCCUACCGCAGCGGCGAGCGACUGACCUGUCCCAGCGAUCCGGAGGGCGACUCCACCGUUUACAAAAUGACACCACCGUACAGGGUAUCAAGCCGCGAGCAGGACAUUCAGACGGAGAUCGUGACGAACGGGCCCGUCCAGGCCACCUUCCUCGUCCAUGAGGACUUCUUCAUGUAUAGCAGCGGCGUCUACGAGCACACCGACUUGGCGCGCGGCAAGGGCGAGCAGUUCGUCGGCCAGGGAUAUCAUUCCGUGCGGAUACUCGGCUGGGGCGUCGACGACUCCACCGGUCGUCCAAUCCCCUAUUGGCUGUGUGCCAAUUCGUGGGGUCCAGACUGGGGUGAGGAAGGCCUUUUCCGCAUCCUCCGCGGCCACAACCACUGCGAGAUCGAGAGCUUCGUCAUCGGAGCCUGGGGCAAAGGCAUGAAGCGGCGGCGCAGAUUUAAGCUGCGCAAGAUGAGGCGGCGGAUGAGGAGGUUU